AUGCUGGCAAGACAGGCUAUACGCUCAUGGAGAGCAGUGGGAAACAAGCCUCUUCUACGUAGGAAACCUUAUAAUUCCACCGAGCAUUUCUUAACAAUUACUUGCAGGCACCUUUUGUUACCCCUUGAGCUCAAUGUUUCCAAGACAAAUGAACUCGAUCAUCGUGCAAUUGGCAAGGCACAGUCACUAUUUAUGAUUCAUCAAUACAGCCCUGGCUCUAUUUUUAUGCUUCCCCAUGGUACUCGAAUUGUUCACAAACUACAAGAUUUUCUUAGAAAGCAAUAUGCUCGAUAUGGCUAUGAAGAGGUCAUGACACCGCUGAUUUACAAGAAGGAUUUAUGGGAAACAAGUGGUCACUGGCAGAAUUAUAUGGAAGACAUGUUUAUGGUUAAGAGUGGCCGCGAGAAGGAAGAUAGCUGUCAGCACCACAACCAUGAGGAGGGUGGCGAAGGAUUAUAUGGCUUGAAGCCAAUGAACUGCCCUGGACACUGUCUUAUUUUUGACAGUACCCCAAAGUCGUACAGAGAUCUUCCUAUCCGUUUGGCAGAUUUUAGUCCCCUACACAGAAAUGAAGCAUCUGGAGCUCUUAGUGGGCUGACUAGAGUUCGUCGAUUUCAUCAGGAUGAUGCUCACAUUUUCUGCACUAACGAGCAGAUUGCUUCUGAGAUCACUUCUUGUCUUGAAUUUGUGGAUUACGUCUAUGGUGCAUUUAAGUUCCCUCACUAUGACUUGACGCUUUCGACACGUCCCGAGUCUAGUUAUAUUGGCACUAUUGAAGAGUGGGAUACUGCCGAAGGUGCACUCAAGCAGGCUCUUGAGGCCACCGGUCGUCCAUGGUCAAUCAAGGAGGGAGAUGGUGCCUUUUAUGGCCCAAAAAUUGAUAUCAUGAUCAAGGAUUCAAGCGGAAAGUCUCAUCAGACGGCAACUAUUCAGCUUGAUUUCCAACUUCCUCAGCGUUUUGGCCUCAAGUAUAUUGAUGAGAACGACCAGACCCAGACACCCGUUAUUGUUCAUCGUGCUAUUCUUGGAUCAAUUGAGCGCAUGAUGGCUAUUCUUAUUGAACACACAAAAGGAAAAUGGCCUUUGUGGCUCAGCCCUCGCCAGGGUGUCAUCAUUCCUGUUUCAUCUCAAUUUGCAGAUUAUGCAAAGACUGUAGCCAAUGCUUUGUCACAUGGAAAUGGCUCGGAAGAGCGUUACUACAUUGAUGCCGAAACUUCAUCUCGCGAAAGAUUGAACAAGAUGAUUCGACAAGCCCAAAUGGAUCGUUACAACUACAUAUUUGUUGUUGGACAAAAGGAAAUGGAUGCUGGAACAGUAAAUGUGCGUACGCGCGGAGGUGAUAUGUUGGGUACAAUGAGCUUAGAAGAGGUUCGAAGAAUGUUUGCUGAAAAGACAGCUUCGUUUGAAUAAGACACCAUGGUUUGUAGCAUAGAGUAUAUAUAUAUAUAUUUAUUUAUUUACGUAUGUGUAUAUCUUUACAUAUGUAUAUUAAAAGUAAAAAAAAAAGAAGAAAUAAAAGACAAUAAAAAAGUACAUGCUCAUGAUGAAUCCUAU